CCCCGGUCGUGUCUCUUGUGCAAGUGAAGUACGAAACCAUCACUACUGAGACUUAGCUGCUGCGCCCUGCAGGUAUGGUAAGAGGUGGCCAGCAGGAGAAGGGGUUUCUUGCUACUCCUGCAUUCCCGCCGAUAACUACUACACACCAAGGCGCAGCGCGGUCUUCUGGUUCAGACCUUAGUAGUACUAGCAUUUUUGCUUCCACAUCGUCCCCACAGAUUACACAGAUAGACCCGUUCGGUUACCAAAAUAAUACUAGCUCAGCAGAGAUUCUUUCCUUGUCCAGGCCGGGUAUAAUUUCUAGUACCAAGAAUGAAACAAGCUCGACCACGUCGAAAAAACAAAAAGCCUCCUCCGCAACUCAAAAUCGCGACAAGCUCUUCCAGUUCCACCAAGCUUCCAAACUCACCUGCCAAAAAGUGACGGACAUUCUGCGAAAAGUCCAUACCCUCGACAACUCGAAAAACCACUGGAAAGCGAAGUAUCUCGACUCCCGAUUCCACGACCUGAAGCUGCUUCUCGCUAGUGGCAACCACGAUUUGCUCCGCACCGUGCUCCAAGCCUGGAAACUGUUCACGCGGAGGGAGUUCAACGUGAAGACAAAUAGUUUGACCCGGGAAAAAAGUGAUGCGACUGCGAGAUUACGGUUGCUUCAGGAAAAAUUUCAAGCCUUGCAGAACUCAAACGUUGUGGAAAUGAGGGCGAUGGCCCAGAUCUGCCGAGUCACAGAAGCCGAGCUGCAGGCGAUGCUAGCAGCGCAAGAGGACCGGGUGCGGGCGUUGAGAGGACAGCAGAGAAGUGUUCGGGAGGGUAGGGAAAGGGUAGAAAAAGUCUUAGAAACGUGCGUCGCGAUGAUUGUGGAAGGGCUAGCAGUCGGUUUUGAAGGCGGAGGGGAAAAUGGAAGUUGUACCUCACGACCACCGCGGCCGGCGCGUGGGAGUGGGACGAGUGCGAGUGAGAACAACUCAAGGAGCAAGGUCGGCUUAUUUGUCGACCACGUUCAACUUCAAGAUCAACUUCAGGAUCAAGUAGUGCGAGAAGAGCCAGGUCAACCGGAGAGAUUUUUCUCGGUCAUAAGCGAUGCUGGCGGCUUGGAUGAGGACCAUUUCGGACCUGCUGCGGUGCCUGUCGUUGCUUCACGCAGAAGUUCCAUAAACACAGGUGAUGUAGUUGAGGCGACAGCAGGAGGCCCCCGCCCUGCGGCGGGUCGAACUUCUACAAGCGAAAGUGGAACUGUGUCAAGGUCUGUUGGCGCAGAUAUCACAAGGCGCGCGACGGCCGCUGUUGAGCGGACUACUACAACAAGCGACCAAGCCAGAGACCCGGUUUUUUAUGAUUCGGAAGAUAUUCUUGAAACUCCUCCACCACCCCCGUAUCUCCAGCGGGCCCUGCUGUUCCAGAAAGCGCGAGAGUUCCUUGCAGCUUGUGAUAAGAAAGCAUCAGCUGCUCGUGCUCCGGGCGCAUGCGCAAGCAAUCCGAACUCGGAGCAACACACAGAACAAAACCACGGUGAUCAGACCACUCGGGAGAACGCUUCAAUAGAAGCGCGGGAGCGGCACGCGGAGACGAUGGACAUCAUAUUGACCGAUUCCUGGAUGUCAAAGAGCAUCACACCGAAUAGCCCAGCCACAAAUGGCCCAAGAAGCCCGCGACCGCUGGGGGUUACCACGACAGCUGCUGUUAGCGGAUCACUACUGCUGAAAGCGACGAACGACAGAAGCAUAUCUCUGCAACACGGCACGUCGAGCGGAGCUCCUUCGGGGAAAAAUGAAUCGCGGUUCACGCUUGCUCAACAUCCAGCACCUUCUCCUGCCAGCGAGGAGGAGCUAGCGAAAUCUACAGAAGUACUCCGUGCGCUGAAACGAUUUUUGCGGGAUGCGGAAAGGACGGAGGAAUUCGCAGGUGUGGAAGAACUUUGGGGCACUGGUCUUGAUGAGCACGAGGCGGAAGAUGGCAGUCAGAGUAGGCCCGAAGAAGACCACCAGGGUCUUGCUGACCUGAUGCAACCUCCACAGCGACAUCACUUGUUCGGAGCAAGAACUCACGCGGCAGGGGGGAUCGCUGCCAGUGCAAGCUCUAGUACCCCACCUAGCAGUACUAGACAGAUUUUUUGUCCUCCUCCAAUCGGACGGAAUACAACGGGAAAUUCACUUUCCACGACGGUGAAAAACGUGGUGAUAAAGCAGCCACUUCGGAUAAAGGAAGAUUUGCCGCUGCAGAUGCCGAAUUGUGUCCUGGGCCCGAGGAUGGAGCGACUUGAUGUUCAUCUGGUAGGAGCUGAUAAAGAAGUAGUUUCUGCCUCCGGCCGUGGUGGGCCGAAUCUUACAAAUUCAGGAAGUAACAGCAGCAGGUCAGUGACCAUGGCAGCUGGCAGACGAAACCUAAGCGCAGUUCGUGACGAGAACAAUAUUAGGAGUUCCUCGUCGUCCUCCGUUUCUCAUCUCGUGCUUGGAUAUUCUCUGUUGAACGGCCAGAAGUAGGUGGGCGAAAUAAUCAUACCAGGAAACAAGUCAUCCAGGCUGCGCCCUUCGCAGAAGCCGAUGCUUCAUCUUUCCUUCAUUUUACUGUUAGCGUCGUUGCUCGCGUACCGCCAC